CACCCUAUGCGCUAAACUCUUUGCCUUUCUUCUUACACUCUGCCCUUCACUCUAUGCCCUAGUCCCUACAUUCUGUGCCCUACACUUUAUGCCUUAAUCCUUAUGCCCUACUUCCUAUGCUCUACUCCCUACAAUUUAGUCUAUGCCCUUCAUCCUGUGCCUUACUACCUAUGCCAUACUCCGUACAUUCUAUGCCCUACUCCCUACACUAUAUGUCCUACUCCUUACACUUUAUGCCCUUCAUUCUGCACCCUACUCCCUAUGCUCUACUCCCUACAUCCUAUGCCCUACUCCCUAUGCGCUACGUCCUACACCCUAUGCCCUAAUGUCUACACCCUAUGCCCUAAUGUCUACACCCUAUGCCUUAGACCCUAAACCUUACACUGUAUGCACUACUCCCUACGUCAUACACCCUAUGCCCUACUCCCUAUACCCUGUGCCCUAAUCCCUAUUUUAAAGAAGCAUCCGCCCUCCAUAGUGAAACAGGAAAGAUCUAGAUUCAAAAUUAUGUUGUAAGACAGUAUUAGGAACCGCUUUUGCACUGUGCUAAGUAUUCCUGGAGUUUCCGGUUAAGCAUGUUAUGACUGGGCUGAGGUUUGUUGUUGAUGUCAAAGAAUGGAGGUGUAUUGCUCCUAAUCCCUACACCCUAUACUCUCUUGGAAGCUAAAUCUGUGUUUUCUUCCUAAUUGGGUUAGGGUUGUUGCCACAUGUCCAGGUUUAACUUGGAUUGUCCUUUUUUUAUUAGUCAGUGCUGGAAAAAAAUCUCUAAAUGUUCUGGUUUUCCAUAGGUAAACUCAAUAAUGUAACUUUUCAACUAUAUACAAUUUUUUUGAGAUGCACCUGUAUUUAGUAUAAAAGCUUUUUACUUGGUCUUUACUUGGUUAGUCAUUAUCCCCUAUUCUAUAGUGCCCUAUGCCCCAAUUCCUUCACCUGACCCCAUGCCCUUUUAACAUGUGCCUAUAUACUGUGUAUAUAUUACUCUUGUAACCCUGAUUUGUCAUAUAAAGGCUCUACAUUAAAAUCUUAAUAAAGUAACUGUUACCAGUUACAUCAUGUUGUACAAGUGCAAAUAAACACAUUUCUGUGGCCUAGACCCUACACCCUACACCACUCCAGUCUUGUUUGGCGCCUGAAGGGUCUGAAGGGCUGUGUUCCAGGUGAAGCCGCCUCAUGUUUUUGUGUUUAAUUAAAGCGUCUAGACGCACAGGGCUGUUGAAUUAAGAAAACUAACAGUUCUGAGUGAUGUAAGGUGAGAGAGAGAUAUUCCUAUAGGACGCUGCACAGCUGCUGAGUUACUCUAAAAUUAACCAGGCUCUCCAUUGGACGCCAGGACCCGAGGGCUUUUUAUGGCUGGGAUGUGCCAACAGGGAGUUCCCUUCAGCUCCUGUAUGUGAGAGAGAGAGAGAGAGAGAGAGACACUCCAAAGGGACCAGUGUGGACAUGUCCAUGUCUCAGAUCACCCCGACUCUGUUCCUCAGCGGCGCCGAUGCUUCUCUUAACCAGGCCCUGCUGAGCCGUAAAGGCAUCACCCUCAUCGUCAACGCCACCCUGUCUCACAGCUGCCCGCGGUACCCGGGCGUGGAGUGCAUCCGCGUGGCCGUCUCCGACCUGCCCAGCGCCCGGCUGAGCGAGCACUUCGACCGGGUGGCAUCCCGUAUCCAUAGCAACCAGGCGGGCGGCACCCUGGUCCACUGCGCGGCGGGGAUGAGCCGCUCGCCCGCCCUGAUCAUGGCCUACCUCAUGAAGUAUAAAGGGGUCACCCUGCAGCAGGCCCACAGCUGGGUCCAGAGGAGCCGGCCCUACAUCCGCCUCAACGCCGGCUUCUGGCAGCAGCUGCUGGACUACGAGCGAGGCCUGUACGGGAAGAACACCGUGAAGGUGGCUGUACCGCUGGAACCACUGCAGUCGCCACCACCUCUACCACCCAGGACCCCUAAAAUGACCCCAAGACUGAUUCCUAGGUUCAGCCUGAGGGACUGUCCUCCAUCUCCCAGGCUGGGGCGGGGUCGACGCUUCUCGUUCUCGUCCAAACUGAUGUUUUAAUAUUUCAAUAUUUUGUGUAUUUUUGUGUUUAUUGCUGUUUUAAAGAGUGUUUUGAGUCAGGCCUCUAAAGAUUGUUGAGCAUUUUGGAGGCCAAACCUCAAAAGAUUAUAUGUCUGAAUUAUGUGUUUUUUUUUCCAUUGAUUUUUAUUCACAACUCUUUGUAUCUGGCAGGAAUUCCAGGUCUUAAAAAAUCCAAAAGUAAUAAAGCUGUAAAAAUGCCGUGUAUACUGUAA